AUGUUUGCACUAAUUCGCCAAAAAGUGAAAUUUCCUCAGAUAAAAUUUUUGCAUAAAAGGCCAAAGCUUCCACAGCAACUCAUUAGUAACGAACAACUUACGAACCCAACGAUGAUUACGACAAAGCUCACCAAAUUAGCACUGCUACUACUAUUCGCGUCUGCAGCAAGGGCGCAACAAGGAAGAUUUUCAAUUGACAACGGUAUUUCAAUACAAGGCAUCAACUGUUAUGGUAAAGCAAACGUGUGUGUUGGUCCCCUAAACUAUAAAGGAUGUGAAGUAGAUGCUCAAGGUAAUAGCUUUGCGACAGGCAAUGCCAUUCAGUGUCCCCCUAACCACCGCUGCGUAAACGAUGGAGUAGAGAUUUGCAUACCUCUUAAGUCGUUCACAGCAGCUCCUCAAAUUGUGCCUCUAAAAGUCACAUCUCAAAGCCCACUUAACUCCAUUUCGACGGAGGGACCUUCUCCAAUUAUUUCUUCAAAUUCCGAACCCACGAGUGUGAUGCCGGAUACUACGUCAACCCCAGCACCUCGAACAUCCGUGGUAACUCAAGAACAACCGAAUAUUCCUGUUGACACAACCACUGCCGCCGAUGGCCCUAUAUGGACCACAUUUCUGACAGAUGGCCCAAAUUCGGUUACAGAUGCUUCAACGGAUCAAGUAACAACAGAAAUAAUUUAUUCCACACUGGAACCAAAAUCAUCGGUUGAUCCUAAUAGUCUGAAGGACGCUACUGUAUAUCAAGAAACAACGACAACUAUUCCUGCUGACACAACUGCUCUUCAGAAUGAAGGCACUGAAAUUACCACCAUUUCAGAGGCUUAUAAUACAUUGAAUCCAACUGAAACUACCGACAUUAGUAUUCCACCCAACCGUAAUACUCCUUUGGAGACAGGACCUGUAAUAGAAACAACACCUAUCCCUGUGGAAAUGACAACACUUGAAGUCCAGGUUUCUGAAACGACCAUAUCGGAUAUAGAUGAUACUAACACUACCAUUGAUCCUAGUAAUCCGAUCGAUUCAGUACUACCUGGCACCACUGUUCCAGUCGACCCCUACGCCCCUGUCGAUCCCAGUGCUCCAGUCGAUUCGAAUGUGCCAUUGAAUCCAAAUGAACAACCCGGCUCCAAUUCGCCAGAGGAUCCCAGCGCGUCAGUAAAUCCGAAUGCCCCUGUCGUUCCAGGUGCUUCUGUGGACCCUAAUACACCGGCCGAUCCAAGUGCUCCAGUCAAUUCGAACUCACCAUUAAAUCCAAAUGAACAACCUGAUCCCAAUUCGCCAGUGGAUCCCAAUGCAGCAGCCGAUCCCAGCGCUCCAGUGAAUCCGAAUGCUUCCGUCGUUCCAGGUGCUUCAGUGGACCCUAAUGCACCUGCCGAUCCAAAUGCUCCAGUCAAUUCGAACUCACCAUUGAAUCCAAUUGAACAACCUGGUCCCAAUUCGCCAGUGGAUCCCAAUGCAGCAGCCGAUCCCAGCGCUCCAGUGAAUCCGAAUGUUUCUGUCGUUCCAGGUGCUUCAGUGGACCCUAAUACACCUGCCGAUCCCAGUGCUCCAGUCGAUUCGAACUCACCAUUGAAUCCAAAUGAACAAACUGGUCCCAAUUCGUCAGUGGAUCCCAAUGCAGCAGCCGAUCCAAAUACUCCAGCCGAUCCCAGCGCUGCAGUGAAUCCGAAUGACCCUGUCGUUCCAGGUGCUUCUGUGGACCCUAAUGCAUCUGCCGAUCCCAGUGCUCCAGUCGAUUCGAACUCACCAUUGAAUCCAAAUGAACCUGGUCCCAAUUCAACAGUGGAUCCCAAUGCAGCAGCCGAUCCCAGCGCUCCAGUGAAUCCGAAUGCUUCUCUCGUUCCAGGUGCUUCUGUGGACCCUAAUACACCUGCCGAUCCAAGUGCUCCAGUCAAUUCGAACUCACCAUUGAAUCCAAAUGAACAACCUGGCGCCAAUUCGCCAGUGGAUCCCAAUGCACCUGUUGAUCCAAACACCCCAGCCGAUCCCAGCGCUUCACUGAAACCGAAUGACCCUGUCAUUCCAGGUGCUUCUGUGGACCCUAAUGCAUCUGCCGAUCCCAGUGCUCCAGUCGAUUCGAACUCACCAUUGAAUCCAAAUGAACCUGGUCCCAAUUCGCCAGUGGAUCCCAAUGCAGCAGGCGAUCCCAGCGCUCCAGGAAAUCCGAAUGCUUCUGUCGUUCCAGGUGCUUCUGUGGACCCUAAUACACCUGCCGAUCCCAGUGCUCCUGUCAAUUCGAAUUCACCAUUGAAUCCAAAUGAACAACCUGGCGCCAAUUCGCCAGUGGAUCCCAAUGCACCUGUCGAUCCAAACACUCCAGCCGAUCCCAGCGCUUCACUGAAACCGAAUGACCCUGUCGUUCCAGGUGCUUCUGUGGACCCUAAUGCAUCUGCCGAUCCCAGUGCUCCAGUCAAUUCGAACUCAUCAUUGAAUCCAAAUGAACCUGGUCCCAAUACGCCAGUAGAUCCCAAUGCAGCAGGCGAUCCCAGCACUCCAGGGAAUCCGAAUGCUUCUGUCGUUCCAGGUGCUUCUGUGGACCCUAAUACACCUGCCGAUCCCAGUGCUCCAGUCAAUUCGAACUCACCAUUGAAUCCAAAUGAACAACCUGGUUCCAAUUCGCCAGUGGAUCCCAAUGCACCAGUCGCUCCAAACACUCAAGCCAAUCCCAGCGCUCCAGUGAAUCCGAAUGUUUCUGUCGUUCCAGGUGCUUCUGUGGACCCUAAUGCAUCUGCCAGUACCAGUGCUCCAGUCGAUUCGAGCGCAUCAGUGAAUCCAAAUGAACAACCUGGCCCCAAUUCGGCAGUGGAUCCCAAUGCACCAGUCGCUCCAAACACUCCAGCCAAUCCCAGCGCUCCAGUGAAUCCGAAUGCUUCUGUCGUUCCAGGUGCUUCUGUGGACCCUAAUGCAUCUGCCAGUACCAGUGCUCCAGUCGAUUCGAGCGCAUCAGUGAACCCAAAUAAACAACCUGGUCCCAAUAAGCCUGUGGAUCCCAAUGCAGCAGCCGAUCCCAGCGCUCCAGUGAAUCCGAAUGCUUCUGUCGUUCCAGGUGCUUCUGUGGACCCUAAUGCACCUGCCGAACCCAGUGCUCCAGUCGAUUCGAACUCACCAUUGAAUCCAAAUGAACAACCUGGCCCCAAUUCGGCAGUGGAUCCCAAUGCACCAGUCGCUCCAAACACUCCAGCCAAUCCCAGCGCUCCAGUGAAUCCGAAUGCUUCUGUCAUUCCAGGUGCUUCUGUGGACCCUAAUGCAUCUGCCAAUCCCAGUGCUCCAGUCGAUUCGAACUCACCAUUGAAUCCAAAUGAACCUGGUCCCAAUUCGCCAGUGGGUCCCAAUGCAGCAGUCGAUCCCAGCGCUCCAGUGAAUCCAAAUGCUUCUGUCGUUCCAGGUGCUUCUGUGGACCCUAAUGCAUCUCCCAAUCCAAGUGCUCCAGUCGAUUCGAACGCAUCAGUGAAUCCAAACGAGCAACCUGGGUCCAAUAGGCCUGUGGAUCCCAAUGCGCCAGCCGUUCCUAGUACUCCAACCGAUCCCAGCGUUCAAGCGAAUCCGAAUGCACCUGCCGUUUCGGGUACUUCUGUGGACCCUAAUGCAUCUGCCAAUCCCAGUGCUCCAGUCGAUUCGAACGCAACAGUGAAUUCAAACGAACAACCUGGGUCCAAUAAGCCUGUGGAUCCCAAUGGGCCAGCCGUUCCUAGUACUCCAACCGAUCCCAGCGUUCCAGCGAAUCCAAAUGCACCUACCGUUCCGGGUACUUCUGGGAGCGCUAAUGCACCUGCCAAUCCAAGUGCUCCAGUCGAUUCGAGCGCAUCAUUGAAUCCAAAUAAACAACCUGGGCCCAAUUCGUCAGUGCAUCCCAAUGCACCUGUCUAUCCAAAUAUUCCAGCCGAUCCCAGCGCUCCAGUGAAGCUGAAUAAUCCUGUCGUUCCUGGUACUUCUGUGGGCCCCAAUGCCUCUACCGGUUCUAGUGUUUCACCACUAAGACCUAAUAAGCCAUUAAAUCCAAUCGCAACUGUAUAUCCUAGCUCGUCAGGCAAUCCGACCAUACUAGCCAAACCAAAUGUUCCAAGGAUCCCUGAAACUGCAUGGGAGCCCAAAGGUACCAUCCGCCCCAUAUGGUCACAACCGCCUCGUCAUAAUGACGGUAGUAUUGCGAAUGGUAAUGCCGGCAGUAAUUCGUGGGGACCUGAUUUUCCACAACUACCUAGACAACCCAAUUUUCCACAAUUGGAGGACAAAGGGCAUAAUGUAUGGAGUCUUGGAUCUAAUUUCCCAGUACAUCACGUAAGGCCUAGUCGACCUGAGUGGGCAAGCAAGCCUCAUCCUCCAAGCGAGGAAGCAGAAGAUAGCGAGUCACUUGAGUUAAGUCCUGGAAAGCAUGUCCCCAAAAAGGAUACCACGGUGGAGGAAAAACUCAAACCUGAUAAUAGAGAAUCAAAUGAUAAAAACGACUCCAGAGAAAAAGGCGGAAAUAGCAACCAAGAAAUAGUAGAAACAGAAUCGGGCGAAGUUAUACGCCCUGUGAAACGUCACAAGCCUUUGUCCAAGGAAACUUCGGAAGACAAAUCCAAAAGUAACAGUAAGGAAUCAAAAGACAGCAAUGACUCUAAGGAGCACACGGAUAAGGCUGAUAGCAAACAAAGCGAUGAUGACGACGAUAAUUCAUCCGAUGAGCAGAAGAAAACAAUUAAAAAAAUCUUAAAGAAACUCAAAGAGAGCAAAUGUGAUGAAGACGAAAUUUACCCAGAUCCUAAAGAUUGCAAAAAGUAUUAUCGAUGUGUGGAAAAGUCGGAUAAGACAAAGUUGGCUCAUUUACGUUGCGAAAGCGGAAAGCGAUUUGACUCAGAUAAACAAAAGUGUGUGGACAAACGGAAAGCUAAUUGCUUGUCCAAAGAAGAUUUUAUUGAAGAGUUCGCCUGAUUCCUGAUGAAGUUCUCAAAUAUUGGCUACAAAUGAAUCAAAUUUACAAAUCAGUUUUUACACUAUAUUAGAGAAACAAUAGAAACUAAUUUUUUUAAUUUAGAUUAAAUGUGCAUGCAUAUGAUAAUUUCAAAAUGUAAAAGAAGUACCUUUACUUAGUAAUAAAUAAUUUGUUUGAUCCACUA